AGUGCACAGCAACUAUUGAUGAUGUUGUGCAUGGAUCUGCGUGGUAUUAUAUAGGAUGUGGUGUGUGUGCCAUACUAAGGCAACUAAAGGACCAACCACUCUUAUGUGUAAGAAGUGUGGGAAGAGUGAGAUCGUUGGUGUGGCAAAGUACCUGUCGAAGUUAUCUGUGUAUGACAAGAGUGAGCAAGCCGUGUUUGUUAUCCUUGGUGAUGCCGGUGAGGAGUUGACUGGAAAGAAAGCUUAUGAGUUGGUUGAGAGCUAUUACCAGGACAAUGAUAGUGUUGGGAUGGAUGCCAUAGCGCCGGUGCCUCAGGCAAUGCUUGAUACCAUUGGACAGACACGGAAGUUCAUUGUGACGGUUUCAAGUCACAACUUGGAAGGCAAUACCAGGACUCUGACUGUGACAAAGUUGCUCCCUCUUGAAGCCCCGGAAUCCAGCGCCAAUCUAGGAGUCGACAGUGUUGAGGACCGUGGUGGUGAGGAGGAUGAGCAUGCAGGCGAGUCGGGCAAAAAGGGUGCUGAUGGGAUUGAGUCUGACGGUGCCAAGCGCACCAAGUGUGGCUAAGGAAGUCUCAAUUCUGGUUCUACUUUAUUUAGUACUAUGCUUUGUUUCCCUUUUAUUGGAUUUGGCGUUUGCAGCCUUGUGGUU